AUGCAGAACGACGAAUACGCCGAUUCCUCGCCAGGGGCAGACUCCCUCACUCCUUCGACGAAACGCAAACGAGCCUCCGCUGCCACCACAUCCUCGUCGUCUCGUGGCGUUGCAAAUCUCACGCCAGAGCAGUUGCAGCGGAAACGUGCCAACGACCGUGAGGCUCAACGCGCCAUCCGCGAGAGAACAAAACAGCAGAUUGAUAGACUGAACGAAAGGAUACGCGAGCUGGAAUCGCAGCAGCCUUACAAUGAUCUCCAGGUGGUCGUACGCCAGAAAGAGGCCAUACACGCCGAGAAUGAUGAGAUCAAACGACGCCUCGCCUCUGUCAUAGCCAUCAUUCAGCCAUUGCUAGGGAACCAGAGUCUCCAUGAUCUAGCAGCUGCCGCCGAAAGAAACUCACUACCUGCUGCUCAGGCACCUGUACCUCUUCCUCCUAACGGAACCGUCUCGAAACCGCCGUACGGCGAAGAUGCCAUUGUGAGGAACAAUCCAGGUUCACAAGAGCAUUCACUGGAACAUGUGUUGGGUAAUAACCCGCCACCACAAGUACAGAACAAUGGUCAGUGGUCAUCUACCGCGGCUAUGAAUGGUAGCGGCGAAUCAAGAGGUUGGCAGCAGACGCUUCCACAACCAAGUGAACGCCCUCCUGCUCAGUAUAGUCAGGACGAGAGACUGGGUGUCAAAUUUCUACUGGAGAGCAACCAGCAAGCGAAGCUAGACAUGGCCUCUGCCCCGACUCGAGGUACAACCACCACAGCUGCUGCUCAGGUUGUCGUCGCCGCAGACUACAAUGGCAGACAACCACCCCCAUACGCCAUGCUCCCAAACAUGCUAGAAGCGACGUGUCCCCUAGAUGGCUUGAUGCUUGACUUCAUGGCCGAACGGCGUGGACUAGCAGCCAGAGGCACACCAAUGAGGCUGCUAACCGGCCCGGCACAGCCAAACUUUGCUCCUCUUCUCUAUCCGGACCGCGACAUCGAGACACACCCACUGUCUAGAGUCUUCGCAGAUAUACUAAGAACAUUUCCAGACAUCUCCACCUUGCCGGAGCAAGUCGCCACGAUCUACGUCAUGUUCUCUGUCAUGCGUUGGGAGUUGGAUCCGACUCAAGAGAACUACGAUCGUCUUCCCGACUGGAUGACACCUAGGCCCAGUCAGCUCUUUACGCCGCACCCCUCGUGGAUGGACCAUCUGCCAUGGCCCAAGCUACGCGACAAAAUGGUAUCUCAAUCUCCCCACCAGCCCUUUGACACUUUCUUCAUCCCUUUCACAACCACGAUCUCUCUCAAUUGGCCAUACGAUCCUCGCGAAUGCCUCAUUCCAGCACCGCCUAGCGCUCGAGAAAGCUUCUCGUCUAGCAUCGUCUCUGGCGCAUCGCCGUACUCGCCAGCAACUCAGUCCACACGAUCACUCAACACCCCCAUUCUCAAGUCGCCCGUCUCGGAUGAGGUGUGGAUCAUCAGUCCCGCAUUCGAGAAUCAUCUCAUGAAACUAGGAAACUGGAGUCUGGGGCCUGCAUUCGCCACGGCGCUGCCGCAUCUAGCAGACUGCGUCAAGAUCAAGUGA